AAUGGCUCCCUUAAGGAUUGAACUUACAACCUUGUUUUUAGCAGACCAAAGCUCAAACCACUGAGCUUUCUACAUUUACAUGGCUAGUUGAGGACUCAUUCUGAAAGUACUUUUAUGGCCACUGUCACUCUAGUAUUUGAGCGGCUCCCAGGCAUUUAUGGAUUUAUCCUCAGAACAUCUCUGUGAGGAAUAAGUCUGCAUUUCUUAAUGCUGGAUGUACUGGCCACUUGCUUCAGACUAAGGAGGACUGGCUCUGCUUUGGAAUAUGGUGCCUAACUUCUGUGUCCCAGUAUGCAUUGUGCCAGCAGUAGUUCUGUGCUGCUUGAUGCCUUCAACGGAGGCAGACAGCAAGCCAAGCUUUAUGAAAGCUCCCGAAGAUCAGAUUGGGAUUUCUGGAGGAGUGGCCUCGUUUGUGUGCCAGGCAACAGGAGAGCCCAAGCCUCGCAUCACAUGGAUGAAGAAAGGGAAGAAGGUCAGCUCCCAGCGGUUUGAGGUUAUUGAGUUCGAUGAUGGGUCAGGAUCAGUUCUCCGGAUUCAACCCCUGCGUGUUCAUCGAGAUGAAGCAAUCUAUGAGUGCACUGCAACAAACAGUGUUGGGGAAAUAAACACCAGUGCCAAAUUAACAGUGUUAGAAGAAGAUCACCUCCCAGCCGGUUUUCCAACCAUUGACAUGGGCCCGCAGCUGAAGGUGGUAGAAAAGGCCCGCACAGCCACUAUGCUCUGCGCUGCCAGUGGCAACCCCGAUCCUGAAAUCUCUUGGUUCAAGGACUUCCUUCCUGUGGAUACAGCAACUAGUAAUGGACGAAUCAAGCAACUCCGUUCAGGUGGUACACCAAUCAGAGGGGCUCUGCAAAUAGAGAAUAGCGAGGAGUCAGACCAAGGCAAAUAUGAAUGUGUUGCAACCAACAGUGCAGGAACCCGCUACUCUGCUCCGGCUAACCUUUACGUUCGAGUGCGGCGUGUCGCACCUCGAUUCUCGAUCCCUCCCAGCAACCACGAGGUGAUGCCUGGGGGGAGCGUGAACCUCACGUGUGUGGCAGUGGGCGCACCAAUGCCCUACGUGAAGUGGAUGGCUGGCGUGGAGGAACUGACCAAAGAAGAUGAGAUGCCUGUCGGCAGGAAUGUCCUGGAGUUGAACAACAUUGUGCAGUCUGCCAGCUACACCUGCGUGGCCAUGUCCUCUCUAGGCAUGAUCGAAGCCACGGCCCAGAUCACUGUCAAAGCGCUGCCGAAGCCACCGACGGAGCCACUAGUGACUGAGACAACAGCCACCAGCGUGACCCUCACCUGGGACUCUGGCAACUCAGACCCCAUCUCUUACUAUGUCAUCCAGUACAAGCCCAAGUCCUGGGAGGGCCUGUUUCAGGAGGUGGACGGCGUAGCGACAACCCGCUAUAGCAUUGGUGGCCUCAGCCCGUUCUCGGAGUACGAGUUCCGCAUCAUUGCCGUCAAUAACAUCGGCCGGGGGCCUCCUAGCGAACUGGUGGAGGCACGGACCGGAGAGCAGGCUCCUUCCAGCCCACCCCUGAAGGUCCAGGCACGGAUGCUGAGUGCCAGCACCAUGCUUGUUCAGUGGGAGCAGCCUGAGGAGCCCAACGGACAGAUCCGAGGGUACCGGGUUUACUACACGACGGACCCCCAUCUGCCUCUGAGCAUGUGGCAGAAACACAACACAGACGACAGUCACCUCACCACUGUGGGCAGCCUGAUAACAGGGACCACCUACAGCAUCCGUGUCUUGGCCUUCACCUCCGUGGGCGAUGGGCCUCCCUCUGACAUCAUCCAGGUCAAAACACAGCAGGGGGUUCCAGCCCAGCCAGCUGAUUUCCAGGCAGAGGCAGAGUCUGAUACCCGGAUUCUGCUGACGUGGCUCCCGGCCUCACAGGAGCGCAUUACAAAAUACGAGCUGCUGUACUGGGAAGGAGAGGAUGGGAGUCAGCGCAAGGUGAACUUUGACCCAAGCUCAUCGUACGCAGUGGAAGGUCUCAAGCCUGACACACUGUACAAGUUCCAGCUGGGAGCCCGUUCAGAGCUGGGGCUCGGGGUGUACACCCCAGUUCUAGAAGCCAGAACUGCCCAAUCCACCCCUUCCGCCCCACCCCAAGAGGUCGAGUGUGUAAGCACCAGCUCCACUACCAUCCGGGUAAGUUGGGUGCCACCGCCUGCUCAGAGCCGCAAUGGGGUCAUCACGCAGUACUCCAUUGCCUACCAGGCGGUGGACGCAGAGGACGGCGCCAAGCACGUAGUGGAUGGAAUUGGACGGGAGCGCUCCAGCUGGGAGAUCAAGGACCUGGAGAAAUGGACAGAGUACAAGGUGUGGGUACGGGCCCACACAGAUGUGGGGCCUGGACCGGAGAGCUCCCCGGUGCAUGUGCGCACUGAUGAGGACGUGCCCAGCGCCCCACCACGAAAGGUGGAGGUGGAGUCUCUGAAUUCAACAGCCAUCCGGGUCAGCUGGAAACUGCCACUCUCCAACAAGCAGCAUGGACAGAUCCGGGGAUACCAGGUCACUUAUGUGAAGCUGGAAAACAAUGAACCGCGAGGGCAGCCUGUUAUCAAAGAUGUCAUGUUAGCAGAGGCCCAGUGGAGGGCUGAGGACUCCAUCGACCAUGAAACCAUCAUAGGAGGCCUUCUACCUGAAACCACCUAUUCCAUCACCGUCGCAGCCUAUACCACCAAAGGAGAUGGUGCACGCAGCAAACCCAAAGUCGUCACUACGACAGGAGCAGUCCCGGGCAAGCCCUCCAUGCUGAUUAGCACGACAGCUAUGAACACAGCUCUCAUCCAGUGGCACCCCCCAAAGGAGAUGGUCGGGGAGCUGCUGGGGUACCGGCUGCAGUACAAACGCACCGACGAGGAGAAGAUGAACAUCAUGGACUUUGAGAAGAAUGUCCAUCACUACACUGUGACCAGCCUACACAAAGGUGCCACCUACAUCUUCAAACUGUCUGCCAAGAACAGAGCCGGUCCAGGGGAGGAGUUCGAGAAGGAGAUCACCACGACAGAGGACGUGCCCAGUGGCUUCCCGCAGAACCUGCGUGUGGUGGGGCUCACUACCUCCACCACAGAGGUGGCCUGGGACCCCCCAGUGUUGGCGGAGCGAAAUGGGAGAAUUACCAACUACACAGUUAUGUACAGAGAUAUCAACAGCCAGCAGGAGCUGACCAACAUCACCAGGGAGACGAGCAUCGUGCUGACCAACCUCAGACCUGACACUACCUAUGACAUCAAAGUGAGGGCCUGCAACAGCAAGGGGGUGGGGCCUCUCAGCCCCAGCAUCCAGUCCCGGACCAUGCCUGUUGAGCAAGUGUUUGCUAAGAACUUUCGCGUCAACGCUGUGAUGAAAACGUCUGUGUUGCUGAGCUGGGAAGUGCCUGACUCCUACAAGUCUGCGGUGCCUUUCAAGAUCCUGUACAACAGCCAGAGUGUGGAGGUGGAUGGCCAUUCGAUGAAGAAGCUCAUAAGCGACCUUCAGCCAGAUACAGAGUAUUCCUUUGUGCUAAUGAACCGUGGCAGCAGCGCUGGUGGGCUCCAGCACCGGGUAUCUAUUCACACGGCUCCUGAUGUCUUGCAGAGCAAACCCAUCUCCACAAACAAAUACAUGCAGGAAGGAAAGUUCACCCUCACCCUUCCCAAAGUCCAGACCUCAGCGCCAGUUAGGUGGUACUAUAUUGUGGUUGUGCCAGUAGAUCAAAGCACCAGCAGCCGCACGGCCAGGUGGCGGACGCCUGAUGAGAUGGAGCUGGACCAGUUACUGGAGGCCAUCAGCCAGGGCAGGCGCCAGCGGCGUCAGGCAGACAGGCUGAAACCCUAUAUUGCUGCUCUAGUGGACAUGUUGCCAGAGACCUUCACCUUGGGAGACGAGAAGACCUACAAGGGCUUCUACAACAAGCCACUCUCUGAGGAUCUGAGCUAUCGCUGCUUUGUGCUGGCGUCGCUGGAGGACGGCGAGACGAAGAGGUAUGCAGCCAGCCCCUACUCGGAUGAGAUUGUGAUGGAAGUGUCUUCAGCGAAGCAGCAGGAUGAGCCCGAGAUGCUGUGGGUGAUGGGACCAGUGCUGGCUGUUAUAUUAAUCAUCAUCAUCGUCAUUGCUAUCCUGCUCUUCAAAAGGAAAAGAGCCAACUCCCCCUCGUCCAAGGACGAGCACUCCAUUGGCCUCAAGGACUCCCUGCUGGCUCACUCCUCCGACCCUGUCGAGAUGAGGCGCCUCAAUUACCAGACCCCAGGUUCCAGUGUCCCCAGUUGCCCGAAUAUCUCAAGUAUGCGAGACCACCCGCCAAUCCCGGUGACGGAUCUCGCUGACAACAUCGACAGGCUGAAGGCCAACGACGGGCUGAGGUUCUCCCAGGAGUACGAGUCCAUCGAUCCAGGGCAGCAGUUCACCUGGGAGAACUCCAACCUGGAAGUGAAUAAACCAAAAAACCGCUAUGCAAACGUGAUCGCCUACGACCACUCACGGGUCAUCCUGACCUCUGUCGAUGGGGUGCCCGGCAGUGACUACAUCAACGCGAACUACAUCGAUGGGUACCGGAAGCAGAAUGCUUACAUCGCCACGCAGGGGCCGCUGCCAGAGACGCUCAGCGACUUCUGGAGGAUGGUGUGGGAGCAGAGGACAGCGACCAUAGUCAUGAUGACCCGGCUGGAGGAGAAAUCCCGGGUGAAAUGUGACCAGUACUGGCCAGGCCGGGGCACAGAGACCUACGGGCUGAUUCAGGUGACCCUGCUGGACACCGUCGAACUAGCUACCUACACCGUCCGGACGUUUGCACUCUACAAGAAUGGCUCCAGCGAGAAGCGGGAGUUACGCCAGUUCCAGUUCAUGGCGUGGCCGGAUCAUGGGGUGCCAGAGUACCCCACCCCCAUCCUCGCCUUCCUGCGCCGGGUGAAAGCCUGUAACCCCCUUGACGCUGGGCCCAUGGUUGUCCACUGCAGCGCUGGCGUGGGCAGGACGGGCUGCUUCAUUGUCAUCGACGCCAUGCUGGAGAGGAUGAAGCAUGAGAAGACGGUCGACAUCUAUGGCCACGUGACGUGCAUGAGAUCUCAGCGUAACUACAUGGUGCAGACCGAGGACCAAUACAUCUUCAUCCACGAGUCCUUGCUGGAGGCAGCUACCUGCGGCAACACCGAGGUGCCCGCCCGCAACCUCUUUGCUCACCUCCAGAAGCUGAGCCAGGUGCCCCCGGGUGAGAGCGUCACUGCAAUGGAGCUGGAAUUCAAGCUCCUGGCCAACUCCAAAGCACAUACCUCGCGGUUCAUCAGUGCCAACCUUCCAUGCAACAAGUUUAAGAAUCGCCUGGUGAACAUCAUGCCAUACGAGCUGACCAGAGUCUGCCUGCAGCCCAUCCGUGGAGUCGAGGGCUCUGAUUACAUCAACGCCAGCUUCAUAGACGGCUACAGGCAGCAGAAAGCCUACAUUGCCACGCAGGGGCCCCUGGCGGAGACCACGGAGGAUUUCUGGCGUAUGCUCUGGGAGCACAACUCCACCAUCGUGGUGAUGCUGACCAAGCUGCGCGAGAUGGGCCGGGAAAAGUGCCACCAGUACUGGCCGGCGGAGCGCUCGGCCCGCUACCAGUACUUCGUGGUGGACCCCAUGGCAGAGUACAACAUGCCCCAGUACAUCCUCCGUGAGUUCAAGGUCACCGACGCCAGGGAUGGGCAGUCGCGGACCAUCCGCCAGUUCCAGUUCACGGACUGGCCCGAGCAGGGGGUGCCGAAGACGGGCGAGGGCUUCAUCGACUUCAUCGGGCAGGUGCACAAAACCAAGGAGCAGUUUGGCCAGGAUGGGCCCAUCACAGUGCACUGCAGCGCUGGGGUCGGGCGCACUGGAGUGUUCAUCACGCUCAGCAUUGUCCUGGAGCGCAUGCGCUACGAAGGGGUGGUUGACAUGUUCCAGACGGUGAAGACCUUGCGAACGCAGCGACCAGCCAUGGUGCAGACAGAGGACCAGUACCAGCUGUGCUACAGGGCAGCGCUGGAGUAUCUCGGCAGCUUCGACCACUAUGCAACGUAGCUAGUGCUUCCCCCAGUCACAGUGGGAAUGUCUAGGAGCGGAGAGAGUCCUCCUGAGCCACAGCUGCCAUUCUUCAGUCCUGUACAGACGCUGCUGCUGCCGAGGCAGCAGACCUCCCAUGGCCGACCAAAUCUGACCACUGCAUUCAGGAGCAUCGCCCUGUGCUGAGCAAGGGAGUCCGACUCCAGCGGCAUUUCCAGUGUCCCGUCAAACGUCUGCUCACUUGUCUCCCUCUCGGCCCCCUCACGCGACUGCAUUUCACAGACAGGCUUUAGGUGGAUGGAACGGGAUCUUUUUUUAUCUGUAAAAUAGUUACUCGUGUUUUUAUAAUCCUUUCUCUUCGUUUGCUAGUCUUACCGUCUGGCUGGGGCAGAGCUGGGUCUGUCAGGCCUUCUGGGGGUUCCUUUCCUGUUGCCUGUUUCCCCUUCUCCUGUGUUCGGAUCCACCCCUGCCUUUGGUGCUGCCCAUUUUAGUGCAGCCACUUGGAGACCCCAGCAGUGACUGGCUCACAGUUCCAGACCCUCCAUUCCCCAUAGGCUGCUUGUAACCCUCUGUAGAAUAGAAACGUUCACCGAACCGGAGCUAAGCUACUGAUGAUUUCAUUAGCUGUUUCCCCUUAUUUCCUGGUGGGGGAAGGGACUUGGGGUCGCGGGAGAGACAAUUCCAUCGCAAGCUCGAAACUGGUCAGUCCUAUUCAAGUGCGUGUUAACCCAAUCAGUGCCCAUGUGUGUUGGCAGCUCCCAAUCUGACGUGACUUGUCGGGAGACCCAAAAUCCCAGACUCCUGGCCUGGGGGCCUCUCUGUGUCUCACUGGGGAUGGGGCAGGAAGGCAGCAGAAGCCGACCACAGUGUGUCCCUUUCUGCUCGUGCUGCGGUGGUGGGUGUGCAGGCAGCUGUCACCAAUGAAUGCAUCACCACAUUUCCAAAGGGAAGGAGCACAAUUCUAGCAGCUCCCACAAGGGGGCUGCGGGGGCUAUUUUUGGAAAAUGGGGUACGUCAGGGAAGGGGCAGCGGGGGAGGGGGGACAUGUUUUCGGAGGUUGGGUGUAUCUAUGAUUUCUGCUAUCUUGCAAAUGUUUAAAGUCAUUAGAAUAUUGUACUUUCGGCUACUUCAGGACGUUCUAAUGAACCAAUGUGGCAAGUCUACUGGACUUAAUUUAAUGGUACUAUAUCUUACUACUCCUUAUCCUAUCGCGCUGGCACUAAAGACGGGCUAGCUGCCCUCUCGGGUGCACAGAGUUCUCAGUAAAGGUGGUGGGAGGGUGGCUAAUUGUAUUAUCGAAUGUAUUCCAAUGCUAAGAAUCUGAGCGCCGGUGAAAUCCGCAAUCCGGGGUGGGGAUAUUGGAGGAGACGUUCAUUUUUCCCUUGUGGAUGCAUAGUGCCGUAGGGGUCGCUGGUGUACACAGUCUGUUUUCUAUUUGUUAAUAAAAAACAAUCUACAGCAUCAUUGCCUAAUUCUUGAUGUUAAUAAAUUUGAAUA